GUAAGUGCUCUCUAACCACAGUCUAUGCAGUAAUAGUAGGUCCUUCAAAUAUUUGCUCAUUCUCUUUUUUUUUUGUUUUGUUUCCUUGCUUUUCACAUGUUACCAGUGCUACACAAUUUUUUGACAGGGAAAAAACCAACUAUAGAGUCUAUGCAAUCCAGGAACACUGUAAAACUAAAACAAGGUUUGGCUAUGGUUUGUGUUUUCAGUUUGAGGAUCCAAGAAGUAUUUACACCAGAAGGUGAAAGCUCUGCGUGAACCGAGAGGGACUAUGGCAUCAAACAGCCUGUUCAGUUCAGUGACACCAUGUCAGCAAAACUUCUUUUGGGAUCCCAGCACCAGCCGGAGGUUCAGCCCCCCCUCCAGCAGCCUGCAGCCCGGCAAGAUGAGCGAAGUCAGCCCGGUGGUAGUAGCCCAACAACAACAACAGCAGCAGCAGCAGCAGCAGCAGCAGCAGCAGCAAGAAGCGGCGGCCGCCGUGCCCAGGCUGCGCCCCCACGAUAACCGCACCAUGGUGGAGAUCAUCGCUGACCACCCCGCCGAGCUGGUCCGCACCGACAGCCCCAACUUCCUCUGCUCCGUCCUGCCCUCGCACUGGCGCUGCAACAAGACCCUCCCGGUGGCAUUCAAGGUGGUGGCCUUGGGAGAAGUGCCUGAUGGGACCGUGGUCACCGUCAUGGCUGGAAACGAUGAGAACUACUCUGCAGAGCUGCGAAACGCUUCUGCCGUGAUGAAGAACCAGGUGGCCAGAUUUAAUGACUUACGAUUUGUGGGCAGAAGUGGAAGAGGGAAGAGCUUUACUUUGACAAUAACUGUCCUGACAAAUCCCCCCCAAGUCGCUACAUACCACAGAGCUAUAAAGGUUACAGUGGAUGGGCCGAGGGAGCCAAGAAACCCCAGGCAGGCGCAGUCAUCCCCUCCGUGGUCCUAUGACCAGUCUUACCCAUCCUACUUGAGCCAGAUGACUUCACCGUCCAUUCACUCCACAACUCCCCUGUCCUCCACUCGAGGCACAGGACUUCCAGCCAUUACCGAUGUGCCCAGACGCCUCUCAGGUGCUUCAGAGCUGGGCCCAUUUUCAGAUCCCAGGCAGUUCACAAGCAUUUCAUCCCUCACUGAGAGCCGCUUCUCCAACCCACGAAUGCACUAUCCAGCCACCUUUACCUAUACACCGCCAGUCACCUCAGGCAUGUCACUGGGUAUGUCCGCAACCACUCACUACCACACCUACCUACCACCACCCUACCCCGGCUCUUCCCAAAACCAAAGUGGACCUUUCCAGACCAGCAGCACUCCAUAUCUCUACUAUGGCACUUCGUCAGGAUCAUACCAGUUCCCCAUGGUGCCGGGAGGGGACCGCUCCCCCUCCAGGAUGCUUCCUCCGUGCACCACCACGUCCAACGGCAGCACGCUGUUAAACCCUAACUUGCCCAACCAGAGUGACGGUGUGGAGGCGGAUGGCAGCCACAGCAGCUCCCCAACCGUCUUGAAUUCUAGUGGCAGAAUGGAUGAGUCCGUUUGGAGGCCGUACUGAGAUUUCUUCCGUAGCCGGCCUGACCUCCGCGAGCCAAAAAAAAAAAAAAACCAAACCAAACAAACGGUCGACUAACUACGAAGUGCCUGGUUUUUGUGUUUUUUUUUUAAAAAAAAAAAAAUAGAUUUUACCAAUAUGUGCAACUGUGUAGAUGGGAUGAUAAUGGCCAUAAAUAACACAAGAGUUACCAACACACCACAACCCAUGUUUCAGAUUAUGUGGAUCAAAGCACAUAUUUUUAUUUUUUUUUUCUUGGAACCAUUUUACCUUGUUUUAUAUUUAAAAUGUACUUUUUACAAACACAAAAAAAAUCACCCCCUCCUUCUUUUUUCUUUUUUUUUUGGGUUUUUUUUUGGUUUUUUUUGUUCUAGAAUGUUGUAAUAACUAGUGAGUUCUUUUGCCAAUGAGGAGAGAACGGACUCCCCAGCUAUCAGGAGAAACAUGGUGAUGCAAGGCAAAGGCUGCAUUCCCUUUUAUUUUUUAAUAAAAAAACCCUAACCAUGAACUCCAGAUACAGUUGCAAUCAUACAACGUAUGGGACCCUCUUCACACCCGUAGUGCAAUUCAACUGGCUUGUAUUGGUGCACAUAAAAAGGAAAGCAAAGAUCGAGUUGCUUCCAUUUUGCCAUGAUACAUUCAGAUGAAAACAGCUGUCCCAAAAAACUCUGUCCGAGCCUUGCUGCAGAUAACGGUUGGAACUUCUCUGUGUUCAUUGCUUUUUUGGUUUCUUUUUGGGUACUUAAAGAGAACGAGUCUUCAAGUUAGGCUAGACAACCCUGGGGUUUCCUUUUUGCUUUUGUAUCCGUUCAUUUUGCCUUCGAUUAGCCAAAAACCAAAAAUAACAACCAAAACCUUUAAAAACAAAAACCAAAAUGUUAUUACUUAUGCAAAAUAUGAAAAUGGCAUUAUAUAUUACUAGAGCCAAAAUGGUAUACAUAGUAUUUGUGUUCGGCUAUGUUCUUUUUUAUUUUUUUUUUUUUUAAAUUAUAAAUGUGUAAAAUUUGAGGUUGUUUGCUAACAUGAAUCAUCAUAUAACUUUAAAAGAAUAUUUAUAAUUAUUUAAUGACAUUUGGACCCUUUAAACGUUUCUUAAUGUAAUGAUAUAUUGACUUCGGUCUCUAAAAGUGUUUUUGUUUUGUUUUGUUUUUUUUUUACUUAUUACAUUUCUGCAAUGGUGUAAACCUCAAACCUUUACCCAACUUUGAAAAGCAGUUCCAGUGUGAACCAGUUUACAAUGUGACUUAAAAAUGACAAACCCAACCCAAAUGCAUCCACAUCAAAUGAUUUUGGAUGUAGGAUCUUUUUAUAUAACUUAUGAAGGAAAUAUUGUGUUUAAAAUAUUUUUAUUAGCUGUCUGGUUGCCUUCAACACAGUCUUGCCUUUUAAUCAGUAGUUGUGGAGACACUGGAAAAAUGGUAGGAAGGAUGAAAUAUUUUCCACCCUUCCCCUAAUUUCUUCUUCUCCCAGGAUUUUUCUCAGAACUUCAAAAUUUGAAAAUAUUCAUAUUAAAAUGUUCUGUUUUAACAGCAUGAUUUGAAUUUCGACAGGGUUUUUUUUCCCCCAAAGAAAAUUCAAAACUGUUUCAAAGCCCGUGUUUUACAAAUUAAUGAAUUGUUAAAUAUCUCAGAAAUGGGAUUAAGGGAGAAUUGGUGAAACUUUUUCCCCUUCCCUUGCAAUAUCAGCCCACUCGAUAGAAUAAAAAGGUUCAAAACUUGAGACAGAAACUGCCUGGUAGCACAUCACCGCCCGUUAGCAUUAAAUGCUAGAGCCGUACGGAUGCUGUGUUGACUUUGAAGCUGAUGUGGCCGUUGCCGUGUUAGAGAGACAAGCACGAGGGCAGCAAUACUCACCUCUGCAAACGCUGAAGAUAAAAA